CAUAAUGCCCUAGCCUAGAGCUUUGUGCAGAGGCACACAUUCAAAUAUUUGCUGAUUGCUGAUAUGGCAUAGGGCACCGUAGGUCACAAGACAGAAGCAGGUGGGAAGGCUGUAGGUGUAGCCAGGCAUUGCCCCUUACACCACAAGAACUCCGCAAAAGCCUCUACCCCUGUGAUGAAUGCAGAAAGAGCUCCGGCUUCCUGCGAGUCUGCCUUUUUCUAAGUCUGUUCCUUUUCCCCAGGGAAGGGAGCCUCCUUCCUCUUCUCUCUCUCCCCACUCCCCCUCGGGGGAGCUGUCUCUUUAAGGAAAAGCAGUAGCUUACAUAGUAGCAAGCCAGUCCUGCCUCCCCCGGUUGUUCUGGGUUAGAGCAGGGACACUGAAAGGAGUAAGGAGCGGCGGCCGGAGCGAGUUUGUGGGGGGGAGAGCAGGCCUGAGUCCGAGCAGAACAUCCUCAUGCAUCGGCACCCUCGGAAGGACCCCCUCACCCCACCCCUGAUCCGUUGUCCUGAGCUUCCACCCCCAGGCUCUGGCUCUUGGACACAAAAUGGCCAUUCUUAAAGACUGAACUCAGGAUCCAUAAAAAGAAAGUUGGGAAACAGCUGGAUGAACUUGAUCACGAUGAGUAGAUAACGGGGUUCCCACUGACCAUGGCUCCCUGGAAGAGGAGUCGUCAUGGCCUGGGCUUUCUUUGCUGCUUUGGGGGCAAUGACAUCCCGGAGAUCAACCUCCGGGACAACCAUCCGCUGCAGUUCCUGGAGUUCUCCAGCCCCAUCCCACCUGCAGAGGAGCUCAAUGCCCGCUUUGCAGAGCUUGUGGAUGAGUUGGAUCUCACAGACAAAAAUAGGGAGGCCAUGUUUGCACUGCCAUUGGAAAAGAAAUGGCAGAUCUACUGCAGCAAGAAGAAGGAACAGGAGGAUCCCAACAAGUUGGCGACCAGCUGGCCAGAUUAUUACAUUGAUCGGAUAAACUCCAUGGCUGCUAUGCAGACUCUGUAUGCCUUUGAUGAAGAGGAAACAGAGAUGAGGAACAAAGUUGUUGAAGACCUAAAGACAGCUCUUCGCACUCAACCUAUGAGAUUUGUGACUCGAUUCAUUGAGUUAGAUGGGUUGACCUGCCUCUUGAACUUUCUUCGGAGUAUGGACCACGCUACUUGUGAGAGCCGAAUACAUACAUCCCUUAUUGGCUGCAUCAAGGCAUUGAUGAACAAUUCCCAGGGUCGUGCCCAUGUGUUGGCACAACCUGAGGGCAUUAGCACCAUUGCCCAAAGCUUGCGCACUGAGAAUAGCAAAACCAAGGUGGCUGUGCUUGAGAUCUUAGGUGCUGUCUGCCUGGUGCCUGGGGGCCAUAAGAAGGUGCUCCAAGCCAUGUUGCACUACCAGGUGUAUGCAGCUGAGAGGACACGCUUCCAGACUUUGUUGAAUGAGCUGGACCGAAGCAUGGGGCGCUAUCGGGAUGAAGUGAAUCUGAAGACAGCCAUCAUGUCCUUCAUUAAUGCCGUCCUCAAUGCUGGUGCUGGAGAGGAUAAUCUGGAGUUUCGGUUACAUCUGCGAUAUGAGUUCCUAAUGUUGGGAAUACAGCCUGUAAUUGACAAACUUCGCAGGCAUGAGAACGCCAUAUUGGACAGGCACUUAGACUUCUUUGAAAUGGUCCGGAAUGAGGAUGACUUGGAAUUAGCCAGAAGGUUUGACAUGGUACACAUUGAUACCAAGAGUGCAUCACAAAUGUUUGACCUGAUCCAUAGGAAGCUGAAACACACAGAAGCAUAUCCCUAUCUGCUCUCCAUGCUGCAACACUGUUUACAGCUACCUUAUAAGCGGAAUGGUGGGAGCAUCCAUCAUUGGCAGCUCCUAGAUCGGAUCCUCCAGCAGAUCGUCCUACAGGAUGAGAGGGGCGUGGACCCUGAUUUGGCACCCCUGGAGAACUUCAACGUCAAAAAUAUCAUCAAGAUGCUUGUCAAUGAAAAUGAAGUGAAUCAAUGGCGAGAUCAAGCUGAGAAAUUCCGAAAAGAGCACACAGAGCUGGUGAGCCGGCUAGAGCGGAAGGAGCGAGAAUGUGAGACAAAAACCAUAGAAAAAGAUGAGAUGAUGAAGACUCUGAACAAGAUGAAGGAUAAGCUGGCCCGAGAGUCCCAGGAACUACGUCAAGUCCGGAGCCAGUUGGCAGAAUUGGUAGCUCAGUUUAAUGAGUUCUCGCCCACUGGUACUGUGUCUUCCCCUCCUCCUCCAGGAGGUCCUCUUUCCCUCCCCUCUUCCAAAAACUCCAUUGACUUACCUCCACCCCCACCUCCCCUGCCUUUCUCCUGCAGCCCUCCACCCCCACCCCCACCUCUUCCACCUGGUGGACCUCCCCCUCCUCCAGGGGCACCCCCUUGCUUUGGCAUGGAGAUGCCCCCUCCUCUAACUUCUCUGCCUAGCAGCUGCCUGCCUCUCAGGAAGAAGUGUGUACCGCAGCCUUCCCAUCCUCUGAAGUCUUUCAACUGGAUAAAGUUGAAUGAGGAACGAAUUUCUGAUACUGUGUGGAAUGAGAUUGAUGAUCUUCAAGUAUUUCGGGUCUUGGACUUGGAGGACUUAGAAAAAAUGUUCUCAGCCUAUCAGAGGCAUCAGGACCUGCUAACUAAUCCUUCCUUUAAGCAGAAAGAGAUGGGUUCCAUCGAAGACCUCUACCUGACCACAAGAAAGGUCAAAGAACUCUCAGUCAUUGAUGGCCGAAGAGCCCAGAAUUGUAUCAUCCUCCUUUCCAAGUUGAAGCUCUCUAAUGAGGAAAUCCGACGAGCUGUGCUUAAGAUGGAUGAAGAAGAAGACCUGGCUAAAGAUAUGCUGGAGCAGCUUCUCAAGUUCAUCCCUGAGAAGAGUGACAUUGAUCUACUGGAGGAGCACAAGCAUGAGAUAGAUCGAAUGGCCCGGGCUGACCGUUUCCUCUAUGAGAUGAGCAGGAUUGAUCACUAUCAACAGCGUUUACAAGCCCUUUUCUUUAAGAAAAAGUUUCAAGAGAGACUGACAGAGGCUAAGCCGAAAGUAGAAGCCCUCCUGCUGGCCUCCAGGGAACUGACCCGCAGCAACCGACUAAAGCGUCUCUUGGAAGUCGUCCUCGCGAUUGGCAACUACAUGAACAAGGGACAACGAGGGGGAGCUUAUGGUUUUCGAGUCUCCAGCCUCAACAAGAUUGCUGAUACCAAGUCCAGUAUUGACAGGAACAUCUCUUUGCUCCAUUAUCUGAUUAUGGUUUUGGAGAAGAAUUUCCCUGACAUCCUCAACAUGCCUACCGAGCUUCAGCAUCUUCCUGAAGCUGCCAAAGUCAAUUUGUCAGAGCUGGAGAAGGAGAUUAACAACAUCAGAAAAGGGCUGAGAGCUGUGGAGGCGGAGCUAGAAUAUCAGAAGCAUCAGAAAAAGGAGUCGGAUGAUAAAUUUGUCCCAAUCAUGAGCGACUUCAUCACCGUUGCCAGCUUCAGUUUCUCAGAGCUGGAGGAUCAACUUAAUGAAGCCAGGGACAAGUUUGCCUUGGCACUGAAGCACUUUGGAGAACCCGAGGGCAAGAUGCAGCCAGAUGAGUUUUUUGGCAUCUUUGACACCUUCCUUCAGGCCUUCUCUGAGGCCCGGCAGGACCUGGAGACCAUGAGGAGAAAGAAGGAGGAAGAGGAGAGACGGGCACGGAUGGAAGCCAUGCUGAAGGAACAGCGGGAGCGAGAGCGUCGACAGCGAAAAGCAGCUGUUGGGGUCAGCUCCUUGGAGGAGGGUGGAGAGUUUGACGACCUGGUGUCUGCUCUGCGCUCAGGUGAAGUCUUUGACAAGGACUUGUCCAAGCUCAAACGAAGCCGCAAGCGGUCAGGAACCCAAGCACUCGAAAUAAGCCGGGAGCGGGCAGUGAACAAACUAAAUUAUUGACUUGGAGAUUUUGGGGGACAGAAAGUGGAUGGCUGCAGCUCAAGGAAACUGAGGGAAGAUUAAAGUGGCAAAGUAAGGGGUUGCCUAAUUGGGUGCUUAAGCUGGAUUUGGGGCAGAAGUAUGUGGCUGGCCCAACUAUAUCCAUCCCCUUUACUUCUCUAACUCCUCUUCUUGUGUCCUGCCCCAUUCUGCUGUAAGGAACUCCUGCUCUGAAAGCAUCUCCAGUGAUCUCCAUUGUUAUUUGGCCAGAGGUCCGGUGAUUUCCAAGGGAUGCCUAGAAAGAAGUUGUUCUGAGGGCCCAUGGCCCCACCUGCGCGUUGAUAUAAAAUAGUUCUAGCAUCUCAAGGAUCAGCUCUGAGCUUGUACUAAAGGCAAACCAAGAUGUCAUUGAGAUUUCAUUGAUGGAGAAAUGGUAGUGGGAGGAGGGACAUUUUCUUUGUAUGGCCUCUGAGCGCUAAAGCACAUAGUCCCCUCAUCCUUGGUACUGAUGCCCCUUUCUCUUGAAUAAAGACCUGGAACAUCUAGGGUAGGGAUAAGUCUGGCUGCAAACCUGAAGACAAAAUGUUCUACUUAGAUGAAAGAGAAAAAGGAAAAAAAAAUGAUUUUCUGGAAGCUGCCGAAACACAGACAAGCUUUGUUUGUUGAUCUUCCACAUAAGAGUGAUUAGAAUGUAAAGAUGAUUGGAGGGAAGGAAUGUAGCCAAUGCCAAAAAAAAAAAAAAAAAAAAAAAAAUGGUUCAAGGAACAGGAAGACAGUCUAGAUUGGUCAUGAGCUAGAGAAUUGGGUUAUUUUCCUCAGUUCAAUUUGGUAUAGAGGAGAGACUCAGUGUUAAUAGCAACUGUCUGGGCCCUGCCUUACCUUAAGUGAAUCAUUUGUAUUGUAGCCAAAGUCAGAGACUUGGGCUUAUGUAUAAAGACUGUAUUCCCUACUCCCAGAAUGGAAUCUGGCUUCCUCUUCUUCCUCUUCUCGAAGGGGAAUGAUUUGGGAUCAGCUGCCUAAGCCCUUUUCCAAACUCUACCCCCUAACUCUGGACCACAAACUCAAACACCCUGCUCUCUCCUGCACCAAUGUUCACCUCCUUACCCACCCCACCCCAACUCCUAUUCAAAUGUACAUACCCACUGACCAUUGUCCUGGAGACAUGGAAUAUAAGCAUUCUCUGUCAGAAGCCCAGAGAACACCAGCACUUCAUAGCCGGGUUUGAUUUUUCCUGCUCUCUUGAAGAAACUAAAUUGCUCACAACCUCAUUUCUUUUAGACUAUACCUAAUUCCAGCCUACCCAUCUGAGGAAAGGCCUGGGUAUAUGUGGGACAGAUGGAGAGCCUCUUAUAACAAAACCAUCUCUUCCUUCAGCUGAAGCAUGAAACAUCAACAGGAAUGAGGGAGUCAUUUUCCCACACUUUCUAGAGGUGGUCACAAAGUUUAAAGCCAUACCCUGCAAAUCAGGCCUAAUAUAGCCAUGUUUACAUAUCUCCAGUGAGGGAUUUGCCACUUAGGAUCAGUGGGGUCAAACUCAGAUCUAAAAUGAGGGUUGUGGAUUCAAAGAACUGAUUCCCUUCAAUAAGUGAUUGAUGAAGAGUGGAGCUUGGAACCAAGAAGUGGGUAUGGCCUCCAGUCACUUAGCUCCCAGCUCAUAAAUCUGUUUCCCACUUUCCAGCUGUCCACAUAGGUAACCCUGAUUGGAGAAGGUGGAGUAGAUAGGGGGACAGGUUAACAAGACCUGCUGACACUCCCUUCCAGCUCUCCAGAUUUUUCUCCAUCUUCUUCCGGUCUUAAUUCUCAUCUUAUACUGUCCUUUGGUUAGUUCACUGACAGCCUUGCCCUUUAAUUCCCGAUCUCCAGAGAAUCAAAAAGACCAGAGGUAUCAUGGUAGAGGCAGGAAGCUUCCAUUCACAGUGGACUUUCCCCCUUUAUUGUUCAUGACCUUUCAGCCUUUAAGUGCCUUCCACAUGGAGUCUCACAACUAGAUUCCCCUCUUUUUACUUCGUGUCUCUUUUACAUUUCUUUGCUCUGAUCAGAUGGGUGGCCUGAUGAGCAGGCCCACUCAAAGUCCAGCUGCCAAUCUUCUGGCUUUCAGGAGGAUGAGAGGGCAGUGACCAUUCUGGGUGACCUGAAUGUAUUGAAGGCAAGGCACCAGGGUCUUGCCCAAGAAAAAGGCUAGGAGCCCCUAAAGGGAAGGCCAUCCUGCCUUCUGAGAAGUAUGUGCUCAGCAUGUGUUGAGUGUGAAUUGGACUGGAGGAAGGGGUAAGGAAAUGAGGAUGGGGUAGCGUAGGAUAGAAAGGGUCAAAAAUUAAAAAAAAAAGUCUGGAUUUUUGCUGGACUGGGGGGUGUUAGAGAGGGAUGCAGUUGUGGUUAUGGUCCUCUGGAGUUCUAAUUAUAAGCUGCUCCUCUCUCACAUAUACACCCUAAUCCCAAGGAGGCAUUGGGAAGGAUUUCAGCUUCAUUUGUCCAAGGUGUGAAUGGGUGGAAGGUGAGAUGUUGGGAAAGGUAUUUGGUCCUGGUGUACCUCUAUUUGGAAACCACUUCAGCUUCUUGCCCCCUCCUCCUCCCAAGCCAUAAAGCCAACAGUGGUAGCACCCCUGUCCCCAGCCCUAUGAUACAGUCCCACUCCAUAGAGGGUGGCACGUAGUAGGGUAGUCUAGCCAUAGCAUGUGUUUCUUCCUCCUGGCAUCCCCCUUGUACUGCCACAGAAAAAUCCCAGAUACUGACAUGUGGAGAUAUGCAGUGGAUAUUGUGCUUUUUGUCCAGGAGCAUACAGCACACACAGUUUUGUUUAGUUUGUUUUAAUUUAGAUGAUGAGACCCAUCAGCCCUGGCAGCCCGUUUUCUAUUUAUUGUUCCCUAGUUCCUGCUGGCCCAGAGGGCCAAUGGGGGCAGCGAAGGCUGCUUGGCAAGAUUAGUUCCCCAACAUCCCCCCAACAGACUGACUGAAGAGGCUGGCCCAGCAAGAAUUGGGGGGAAGAGGGAGUCAUGGACCGAUGCCCCUUUAUGGCUGGGUCUAACAGGUACCUGGUGUACUGCCUCGUUUUAUUCUCUUUCAAAAUCAUUUAAGUUUUGCCCUUCUCCCCCGGUCUGCCUUUUCUCAAGGUAAAUUUUCUGCCUUAAUUUUACAUCAGAUGCAGAAUUUAUGUUUGAUGUAAUGUAACCCAACUUCUCUCAUUCCCCCCAGAACCCCUGAACCUCCCCAUCCCCAACACAGAACUCAUCCCCCAUCCACCUGGCCUCCACCUCUAGAUCUCACCUGAGAGAAAGAUGCUGGAGGAGGAAUCUAAGGCAGAGGUGGGAGGGGGGAAAUAUAUCUCUAUUGUCAGUCUCUUCCUCUCACUUCCUCAACACCCCCCCCCCCACAGGCUGGGGCUGUCCCCUUCCAUCAGUGGCAUUGUCCAUUCACCAGCUAUCUCAGACAAUGAGUCUAAUGUACAAAAUCUGUAGUGUCCUUUUUAUUCGCACCUUUUUUUUUUAUAAGAAUAUAUUGUAAUACUAAAAAAUAUUAAAUCCGUACAGCCCCUUUACUGCC